CUAAAAAUUAAUUUCGUGAAUACUUUUUUAAUCGAUGUAUUGAUUGCUAUAAUCUGUAUGGUGUUUGUUAACGACUAUGACGUCACGCAGCAUUACUGUUCCUCCGAGAAGAGAAAGUGACGGUUGAUCUUCCCCAUGGUCAUGUUAAUCCAGUCAGCCUGAGCAAGAAGCAGCAGCUACUUCACUGGACGAUAACAUGGGCUUGCUGUCCAUCCUGCGGAGGCUGAAGCAGCCUCAGGACCAGGAGGUGCGUCUACUGCUGCUGGGUUUGGACAACGCCGGCAAGACCACUUUGCUCAAACAGCUGGCGGCGGAGGACAUUAGCCACAUCACGCCCACACAAGGUUUCAACAUCAAGAGUGUUCAGUCGUCGGGCUUCAAGUUGAACGUGUGGGACAUCGGAGGUCAGCGUAAGAUCCGCCCCUACUGGAAGAACUACUUUGAGAACACAGACGUGCUGAUCUAUGUGAUCGACAGCUCGGACAAUAAGCGAUUUGAAGAGACCAGUCUGGAGCUGUCUGAGUUACUGGAAGAAGAGGACCUGGCCGCAGUGCCGCUGCUCAUCUUCGCCAACAAGCAGGACCUGACGACAGCCAUGCCGGCCUCCGAGCUGGCGGAGAGCCUCCACCUGCACACCGUUCGAGACCGAAUGUGGCAAGUCCAGGCCUGCUCCGCCAUCACCGCUGAGGGAUUGCAAGAUGGCAUGAACUGGGUGUGCAGGAAUAUAAAGUUUGGGAAGAAAUAAACCCCAGAAGAUCUGCUGCAGGAUCUCUUCACGUUUUAGUCCACUUAUCUCUAAAAUUAAUCUUGUAUAUCAUGUAAAUAUUACUCUACUUUAACUAUACACGAGGGACAAGCGGUAGAAAAUGGAUGAUAUAUUAAAACACAAAGGAAUGAUGGUAACAACGAGCAAUAAAUGUGUGUAUGUAGUUUCCCAAGUGAACACUAGAGAGCGCUGUUGCACCAGUCUUGUUCCUAAUACUGUACAUAUUGACUGGUGUGACGGUAAUCAAUUACCAAAGUUAAUAGUUGAUGCUUCAAUUUUUUUUUAUAAUAGACACAAUGUGGACUUUUUAGCAGACCUGUUUUUUUUAAAGUGACAUUUUUGGAUCCUACCACAGCCCUUGGAUAAUUCUUCUGCUCCCUUAGGCGUUUAGCCAGGGCAUCCAAUGUUGUUUGUAGUGGGUUCUGGCAUAUCUUACCAGAAAAAAAUUAACAGGAUUUUUCAGCAGAUUUGCAAAUAGGUCAAAUUUUUUUUUUGCAAUUUUGAGAUCUCGUGAGGGUCCUGACAUCGGUUUAGAAGAUAUGUUUGGUCUUUGGGGUCAAUCCAGGGAACUUCAUUUUUGCUUUAGGAGGCUCCAAGGCUGCCUCACUGGGGAAAAGAUAUAUCAUUUUUCAUCACAACUCAAAAACGGGUUAAAAAAAUUACUGAUAUUUCUGCCUCUGAACCCACUGACAUGGGUUUGGCAGGGUUUUUUCUGGUCCACCAUUCCUUUCAGGUCCAGCCAGGGUACCUAAAGCUGAUUUGAGAGGUUCCAGGACCACCUCACUAUAUAAAAGAAAAUGCACUUUAAAUUCAAAUUAAAGAAUCGCUUGAAAGGUCUGAUUUUCUGGGUCUGACCUGUGCCCUGAUGUGGGUUUAGAGGGGUUUUCUGGUCCUCUUAAUGUUUGGGGGUCUAAGGUUCUCGGCCUCACUGAAAAAAAAAUUGCUUAAAAGGGUCAUAUUUUCUGUUGUUUUUUCAUUCCAGAAGUUUUCUUAUUCCCCAAAAAACAAAAACUGGAAAUGUUGACCUGAUAAAAACUACAAAAAUGUACAC